GCGUUUCUCGUUACACGAGGUCAGCCAAGUUGAUUUCGAAUUGAUUUUACGAGUUGAUUUUACGAUGAAAUAAACUUAACACGGGAUUUGAAUUUUUGAUUUCAAUUGUGAAAAAUAAAACGUUUCCAGGAGACCAAUGCUCGCCAUUAUCGUUUGCCAUGUGAUUUCUCACACGAUGUGGAUAUGAACUCGAUUAGGUUCUUUGCAGUCAGCCAGGAAUACAUCCUGAAUAUUUAACGAUUUUAGAGAAAAUAAAGCAGAUUGAUGAAACCUUGCUAAAGAAUAAACGCAAGAGGAGUGGACAAGAUCUCUGACCACGUAGGAAAUUGCUCUACAGUUGUUUCAGUUUGAAAAUAAGCUAAUUCGCUUCGCUUAACUCGCCGUGCGAUCGAUCGAAUGGCUUUGAACAGAAUUCUUCGGAAUAAGUGAUCGCGACGCGUACGAACCGCUUCAGCGAUGGCCGUCGCUCUCAAGCACCCGCGAGGCGAGGGAAAGAUUAGCGCGAUUGUCCCGUGGAUCGUACGACGCGACAGUGCGACGAAAGGAGCGUGCAAAAUUCGGCGCGAGUGCAACGACGGUCCGACGAGGUCGAGAAUCUCAUGACGAAUCUCCUCGGAUUCGCGACUUUUCUGGCCAGAAAAAAGAGCCAGAAGACUUUUUAUCCGGUACCACGAUUGAGUCUGGAGGAAACAAACAUUAGUUAAUAGAGCGUAGGCGAGCGAACUUGUUAUUGGUAAGCGAAUAGAGUUCACCUCGUGAAAGUGGCCGAUUUGACGCUUUCCAAAAUCGAAAUCACUGCCGCGCCGGAGGCGCACUUCCGUAACGAGCUUCUUUUACUUCUCCGUACUUUCUUUCUUGGUCGAUUAAUCGAGCGUCGUCAUCGCGUUGACUAGCGGAACGCGAGGGGUUUACUAUUACGGAGAAGCGACUUUUAUCCGAAUUGCGAAAUCCGGCGUGCAAGAAAGAAGGUCACUCGUUUGCAACAGCAACAUAUUCUCACAAGUGCUACCAUCGAAAACUCUUCAUGAUACAAGUGGAGCGGAUAAAAGCACGGUAAAAUUGGAAUUUGCGCGUAUAUCAAGAAGAGGGACAUAUCAGAAAGCGUUAGAGCUCCUUAGCCGCAGAUAAAGACAAUUCCGGGAAAUGUAGGGCAAUCCCAGAUAAAGUGCCCGUUUUCACUUAUCUGUCUCUUCUUCGCAAGAUUGCCGCAAUUCGUGAACCAAACAUACGCAAUCUUGAACGAUAAAACUUUAAUAAAAAAAAUUCUGGUGAAGAGAAAGAAUUGUAAUAUUCAUGAGGAAACAAACAUAUUUCUCUCAUCGAUUGUGCUAGAAUAAAUUUUUCAAGAGCGCAGGUAAAAUAAGUGAAUAUAAAAUGAUUAUAAAGUAUAAAUUAUUAAAAUAUACCACACCGCGCUCUUUCAAGAUCGGUGAAGAAGUACACAAGCGAACGUGAGUAGAAUUUAGAUACAAAGGCCUUCGAAACUCUAAAGUAUCCCUGACUAUCGCUGAAGAGGGAAACGCGAAGUACAAAACCGCUUCGUUGGUAGACCGAUGGUAGAUCUACAUCUUGCUCCGAGGUAACGAGAUGACAAGAUAAUUCGGUGGAAGGCGAGCGCAACAUAGUCGAACGGGUUUCUGUAUCAGGAACCUCGAAAUCGUGCAUUCGAGCUAUUAAACCGUCAUUUUUUUUUUUUUUUUUUCCACGAAGACCGAAGCACAAAAUGAUGAAAUGCGAUAAAAGAACAAGGGCGAAAAUCACGUUUUAUCGCGAAUUUUUUCGUGCAAUCAGGAUUAGAAGGGUACAACGCAUUUAGUCGUUUUGGAGACUGUGUAUAAUGAACUGAUGACAUAUGGAUACAAAGUAUUAUGCAGAAUCUAUCGUGUGUAAUAAAUUUUUGGGAAGAUAUCUAAUAGAUGAAAGUUUCUUCGAAUAUACGAAAGUGUACCAGGACAAAUAAUCUCGACGCGAUAAGACAAGUUGUUGAUAGUUUAAAAAUAACGUGUGAUUAAUUUGAUGAUGAAUGUAACCGCAUGAGUAUUUUUGUGAGAAGACGCAAGAGUGCGUCAGUUGGAUAAUCUCGAAGCAACAGGACGGCGAUUUAAAUCGGUAAUUUAAGUGCAACUCGAUAACGACAGACAAUAGCGUGCAACGACGAUCUCCGUGAAACUGCGAUAGUGUGUCGACGAGUAAUCUCGCAGCAGAGAUAUGAGUUAGCUCGUCGGGGUGAUCCUUCCUCGAGAGCGACACGCUUUAUUCCGGUAUAAUCGAGUUGCCUGGCCGGAAACACCGCCAAAAUAGAGUAUCCCGGUAGCAGCGGCAUGUACGGGGGCGGGUCGGCGGGAAGCGCGGGCUACGGGGUCGGUUUGGGACCGGGCCCUUCGCACUACGCGCCCCCCACCGCCACGGUGGGCUACCAGUUGGGUCCGCCACCGCCGCCGCCACCCCCGCCCGCCUGUCCCGUCACCGCAGGAAGUCAACUUCUGUCUUACGGACCCGACUUAUCGCCCCAUCACAUUCAGCAGACCCACACGGAGACGCAGUCGAAAAGACGGAGAUCCGACGAAGAUGAUCCGAGUGGCUGUAAAUAUAGGAGACUGGACGAUGACAAUGUGCAAGACAAGGAGAGGUUUGCCAGCAGGGAGAAUCAUUGCGAAAUCGAGCGGCGGCGGCGGAACAAGAUGACCGCCUACAUCACCGAGCUCUCCGACAUGGUGCCGACCUGCUCAGCCCUGGCCCGGAAACCCGACAAGCUCACGAUUCUGAGGAUGGCGGUAGCGCACAUGAAAGCUCUUAGAGGUACCGGAAAUACUGCCACGGACAACGCUUACAAGCCGUCCUUCCUUACGGAUCAAGAGUUAAAGCACUUGAUCCUCGAAGCGGCGGAUGGCUUCCUGUUUGUCGUUAGCUGUGACACGGGCAGAAUCAUUUACGUAUCCGACUCGGUUGCGCCGGUGUUGAACUACACCCAGAGCGACUGGUUUGGUACCAGCCUCUAUUCGCAGGUUCAUCCCGACGAUACCGAGAAAGUGCGGGAGCAGCUCAGCGCGGCGGAGCCGCAACACGGUGGCCGAGUAUUAGACCUCAAGACCGGAACGGUCAAGAAGGAAGGCCAAUCCUCAAUGAGACUCUGCAUGGGUUCAAGAAGAGGCUUUAUCUGCCGCAUGAAAGUCGGGAAUCUGCAGACCACAGGCGACAUGGCAGCGGCACACGGGUUGCAUCGUAUGAAGCAAAGGAACUCCCUGGGACCACCGGCACGGGACGGCCAGAAUUAUGCGGUGGUGCAUUGCACCGGUUAUAUCAAAAAUUGGCCACCUACCGGUGAUUUUGUUACCCCAUGUGUACCAGGUGUGGGUCUAGGUGACAGAAGCGGUGUUCAAACUGGUCCAGACGGUGUGGAUGAGAAUGCCUCGACGCAUUGCUGCCUUGUCGCCAUUGGGCGAUUACAGGUCACUAGCACACCAAAUAAUAGCGACUUAGCAGGUUCCAAUAGCAAUAGCGAAUUUAUAUCACGUCACUCUGUAGAAGGUAAAUUCACCUUUGUGGAUCAAAGAGUCAGUGGAAUUUUGGGUUAUGCUCCAUCGGAGCUCUUAGGUCGUGCUUGCUAUGACUUUUGCCAUGGGGACGAUCGGGCACAUAUGCAGGAAAGUUUUGAACAAGUGUUGAAGCUUAAAGGACAAGUCACGUCUGUGAUGUACAGAUUUCGAGCUAAAAAUAACGAAUUUGUGUGGUUGAGGACGUCAGCAUUUGCAUUCUUAAAUCCAUUCAACGAAGAUGUCGAAUACAUCGUCUUCACAAAUACACAUGCAAAGUCGUUUCAUCCUAGUAGCGACGGUCACACGGAGAGCGAAGCUGUACCUGCAUAUGGACAACCUGGUCUAGACUAUUCCCUUCAAAGACAUCCUGCCAGGGAUCCGCUCUACACCGCGCAUCAUAUGAUGCAACAUCCAGCCGCUGUGGCUACAGCCAGUCCGCAACAACCGAGGCCGUCCAGCACACAAAAUAUAUAUCAGAGCUACGAGACGACGCAGUCGCCGAUAGCUUAUGGAUCACCUGGACAGCAAAGUGCGUCUUCGUCGGUCUUAAGUAGGAUUCAGAAGCCGGCUAAUACAUCUCCAACUCCGCAAGCAUGGGCAAUUGGAAGACAGCAACCCGUGACAGAAGGCUACCAGUACAGUCAAUUAAGUCCAUCGAGAUCACCGAGCGGGCCGACGUAUACUCAGCUCAGUAGUGGCGCUAGAACACCGGCUACACAACAAUAUCAUGCAGUCACAACAGUGCCUAACAAUCCUGGUAUGUGGGGUUGGCAGAGUCAACAACAUCAGACUCAGCAACCGGACGGUCAGACCGGCGCUCAAGUAUCUGCACAAGCGCAACCACCGCAUCCUGGACAGGCCGGACCCGGCACACAGCCGCAAGAGCUGUCCGACAUGCUACAGAUGCUGCAAGAUCAGGGCGGCUCGUCCGGCUUCGAGGAACUGAACAUGUUCAACACUAGCUUUGAGUAGCAACGAGAUAGACGACACGCCUCUGAAAAGCAGCUUCUGCUUUAGAGGAAUUCUUUCUCUUCGGAGCUAUCCCCGGCUGUUCGAUAUCACUUCGGAGAUUUUAUCUUGGGCAUCGCAAUCUGCACCCUCACCGUCAGCAUCCGGAGGAUCGCUCACGGAGAAAGGAGAAACGCGAUUUAACAAUUUAGCACCGCAUAUAUAGACUUUACGCAAAAAACGAUCGCACUGGGAUUAGGACAGCCUAGUCUACCGGAUUAUUUACAUAUUAUACAUACGUAUUAUAGCGAGAUUUUUGAUUCAUUGUCGUGGGUAUCAGACGCUAAGUAUCGAGUACGAUCGUCGCGACAUAUGCUCUGAUUGUUUGAGAUAAUUAUCGCAAUUGAGAUGAGCAUAGUUUCGCUACAAAAAUAUCAUUAAAACAUCAAAGGCGACUGUACCUUUAUGACGGUUAUUGAUUAGUGCUCGAAAUAAAUUAUAAUACGCACAGAUGGGCUAUAUUUGGCAUAAGCUAUAAAUAUAAAACGACGAAUUUUACAUUUAUAAAUUUUACAUUUAAAUUAAAUGCGCAAACGAUAAAGAUAAUAGUAACUGAUGAAUGCUUUCGAAUGCUUUCAGUGAUUCAGAUGAUUGCAUUUUAAUGAAUCUGGAAUUAAAUUUAAACAAUUCCAAAUUUAUCAAAUUUGCUCAUGAUGGAGGUUCUUUAUAAAAUUUAGUAGUGAACGGCCUGUAGAUGAAUGGCCUUAUUACAGGUAUUCUAAACAUGUAAGCAUCUGUGCUUAUUAUACAAAUAAAUAAAAUGACAAUUUUAAUUUUCAUGACAAUUUUAACUGAGGUAUCAUGCGAUUCGAUAAAUAUUUAACGAAAAAAAAAAAUGAAAAUAGUGGAAGUGUACUCUAAACAAUAAGAAAAAGUAUUUUUAAAAAACUUCUCAAUCAAAAAUCUAUACACAAAUCACGGUAAUUUUAAUACCAGCUUAUCGUUAGAUUUGUAAGGUUAGCUUAAUUAUUUUAAUUUAGAUCUUUGUAAUUAUAAACAGUGCAAUCAUAAAUCAACACGCGACAAGAAAUCGUUCGAAACAUUGACAAUGUACAAAAAAAAAAACUGUGUAAUCCACCUUUGCUUCUCUGUGCAAGACACCGUUUUUAGAUAUUCUUAAAGAAAAAAAUAUAGAUAAUGUUAUACAUACGAAUAAUUGCAUUUAUAAGUAACCACGUGUGACUUAGCGCGUUUGUACGUGUUUUAGCAAAUUUUGAUGAGCACAUUGAAACGAAAUUACAGCAUAUCAUGAUGAAUUGGGAACAUUUUUCACUAAUAUAUGGACUAUACAUAUACGCAUGAUUUUUUUUAAUCAUCCUACAUCGUGACGAGAAUAGUACCAUCACUUUUUGACAAUAACUAAUAUAUUGAGCCUGAAGCAGGUAUCAAUAUUUAUAUGCGAAUGUUAAGUAUGAAUUUGUCUCUAUCACAAAAAGAGAUUACUUCACAAAUCCCUUAUCCACUGUUACAUAUUCCUUUGCACAAUAUCCACGUAUUAUAGCGUCACAAGAAAAAAUCGCGAUUAAUAUGAUUUGAAGAGCGAAGGGUGUUAGAAAUGCAUACGUAUAUCAUGCAAUAAAGCUAUAAAAAAAA